UUUUUACUUUCUUUUACUGGCCACCUACCUACCUUUCGUCAUCACCUGCUAAGUAAGGAAAUUCCUCAACUUUAUGAGUGACUCUAUAUGAAGGAAUAAAUUAUUAAAAGGAUACAAGACUUUCCUUUAUCAUUCGUCCACUCUAAAAAAAUAUCAUUUCUGAAUUCAAAAUUCUUUCCUAUUGAUUGAAUCGUUCGACUUACAAUCACUUCUUUAGAGGUUGCUCUAGAACCUCAUACAUCUUUAUUCAUAUACAGUGAAUUUUCUCGAAAGCUGGCUUUUAUGAGACGGAUUUUCCUCAAGGGUAUCCCUGCUUUUCAAUUUCGUUGCUUUCAAACUUAUUUCAUGCAAAAACAACCACCAAAUAUGAAGUACCCAUUGAAAAAAUCAGAUGAAGAAUGGCGCAAAGAACUUGAUCCGGAACAGUAUCGUGUGCUUCGAAAAAAAGGCACGGAGCCACCGGGUGCUGGGAAAUUUACAAAUGAGUUUCCCGAAAAAGGUGUAUUCGUAUGUGCAGCUUGCAAAGAGUUGUUGUACAAAGCUGAUACGAAAUUUGAGAGUCACUGCGGAUGGCCUGCCUUUUACGAUAGUUUACCCGGAAAAGUAAAAAGAAUAGAGGACGAUUCUUUUGGAAUGCAACGCACUGAGGUUGUAUGCGCAAACUGCGGCGGUCAUUUGGGUCAUGUUUUUAAAGGGGAGGGCUACCCAGUACCUACGAAUGAACGCCAUUGUAUUAAUUCUGUGAGCUUGGAUUUUCAUCAAGAGAAAACCAACAAUAACUAGUUUGAAGAUCCAAGGUACAACUUUAGCCUUAUGAAACGAAUAUGUGUGUCAUCAAAAAAUAAACGUAAAAAAUAAAUUAUUACCGCAUAAUAAGAGAAGAGUAAGUAAGAGGAUUGGUAUUAAAGACAAACAGCCAAUAUACGAGCACCAGCGUGUUUUUGAACACCAUGUACAAUGGUUUAUACAAGUGGUAGAGACAUUGGUUCGAGAAUACAAAUUUAAAAAAGGGGUUUUAAUUUUUAUUUUUAUUUUAAUUUUUUUAGGUAGAUCUUAUUUUCUAAGGAUCUUAGUACACGGG